AUGAACGCUGGGACAACAACUAUACUCAGCAGGGCCGCCACAACAAGUCGAGUACUGUGCCCUGCCAACGCCUCCAGACAAAAUCGAUUUCAGAACGAGGUCUCGAAGAGACAACCAUCACGGGCACUAUGUUCAACGGUGUCGCAGCAGUCAAGGAGGCCCGGUGCUGCUGCAAGACGGUCGAAAUCUCUAAAUGCGGUCUCGCAGAGAAGAGCUUUCCAUCCAACUUCGAGCCUACACGCCACCAAGAACCCAUAUACUGUCCUAGGCGUCGACAAAAAUGCUUCAGCGGCCGACAUUAAGAAGGCUUACUACGGAUUGGCGAAGAAAUACCAUCCGGAUACAAAUAAGGAUCCGACGGCAAAGGAUAGAUUUGCAGAGGCACAAUCCGCGUAUGAGCUUUUGACGGAUGCUCAGAAGAAAGCUGCAUGGGAUCAAUUUGGAGCGGCAGCUUUUGACCAAGGCGGGAACCCAGCGGGACCUGGAGCUGGUGGUGGAAGUCCGUUUGGAGGUGGUUUUGGCGGUGGAUUUGGUGGGGGUGCAGGGGCUGGUGGAUUUCCUGGUGGGUUUGGAGGAGGAUUUGGAGCCGAUUUCAAUUUCGAGGACCUGUUCAAAGGAUUUACUGGAGGAAGAAGAGGCCGCUCGUCGCCAGGUCGAAAUCCAUUUCAGGAGGAGAUUCUCGUCGGAGAGAACAUCGAAACGCAAGUCAAUAUAUCUUUUAUGGAGGCCGCGAAAGGUACAAGUAAGGCCAUAAACUUGACGCCAUUGUCGACUUGCAAGACAUGCUCUGGAAAUGGACUGAAAGCUGGAGCGAAGCGAUCCGAAUGCAGAUCUUGUGGUGGUACCGGAACUCGGGUUCAUUUUGUACAGGGUGGAUUUCAAAUGGCGUCGACGUGUAGUGCCUGUGGUGGGCAAGGAGUCACAAUCCCCAAGGGAGGAGAGUGUAGGACAUGUUCUGGGAAUGGUGUAGUGAGAGAACGGAAGACUGUCACUAUUGAUAUUCCAGGUGGCAUUGAAGACGGGAUGCGACUUCGACUCGACCGUGAAGGAGAUGCAGCGGCAACUGGAAAUGCUGCCAACCCAGACCAAAGAUCCAUGCGAGGAGAUCUGUACGUACUUGUGAGAGUCGCAACGGAUCCAAAAUAUCGCCGUUCCGGAUCCGAUAUUCUCUACACAGCCACGAUUCCUCUGACUACUGGCUUGCUUGGUGGGGAAGUCAAAAUUCCUACUCUGGAUGGUGAUGUCAACGUCAAAGUAGCUACUGGAACUGGAACUGGAGACAAGAUCACUUUGGGGGGUAAGGGCAUGAAGAGGCUGGACGGGAGAAGAGGUGCUGGCGAUCUAAAGGUUGAGUUUAAAGUGAACGUGCCGAAGUAUCUCAGUGCCAAUCAGCGCACAAUUGUUGAGAUGCUUGCUGACGAGUUGGGCGACAAAACCGCCAAGCGAAUCAUGAACGUCGGUCGAGCCAGCUCUUCCGACUCUGGAUCAUCUCUAAAGCAUGACGGAUUUCUCAAGUCGGUUUGGAACAAGUUGACUGACAAUGUUUCUCAUCCUAAGGAUGGAAACGAAGAAAUGUCAACAGAUGUCUCCAAAAAAGGGACGAUCAAAGAUGAGAAGGACCCCAAGAAAGCAUCCGGCACUGGUGCUUAG